AGAAGAAGACGACGAAGCACUUCCGGUCUUGCUUUGACAGCAACAAACACAGCGAAAAUGGAAGACGGCAACUACAUUGAUAAUUUAGAGGCCCGUAUUCAAACGCUGGAAAAGCGUGUAUAUGGAGAAAAAGGAAAUCGGACCACCAAGCACGUCAAGUGCGCUGAUUCAAUGGGAAGGAUCCAUGCUGCUCUCGGGAGCACAGCCAACAAGAGGGAGCGAGUGAAGAUUUUGCACAAAAAGAUUGAAGACCUGAUGAAAUAUCUGGACCCCCAGUUCACUGACAACAUGGCCAUUCCUGACACCAUGAAACUGGAGUACAUACUGGCUGAGGAGGAGUUCCUGUUGACCCAGGCCUCUUUGCUGGAGCAGGUCAGCAAACUGCAGCCUGUUCUGGACAGCAGCUAUAUCAGAGACGUCCCUGAGCACACCACCAAACUCCAGCGCCUGUCUCAGAUCCACAUCAAGCAGCAGAACCAGAGUGAGACACUGUCCAAGGAGGUGAAGAAGCAGUUUGAAGAGUACAACAAGAUGAUGUUCCUGUUGUCCAAGCAGUUCACCCAGUGGGAUGAAACCCUUCGGCAGCUAGAGGGAGCCACGCAGGUCAAACCCGUGGAGUAAUGAUGUCACCGCACCCCGCCAUAAAAGGGUUAUCUUUUCAGGGGAUGGUAUGCAUUAUGUCACCUUAAUUACCAGGGAAACCCAGACCUAAUCCCUCCCCCUCAUUACCACUUCACUUCAUGACCCAGGUGUUACUGAUAUUCUUAUUCCUUAAAUUGAUUUAUAUCGCCCAGUUCUGUGUGCAAAAGGAAAUUGGAUUCUCUAUCUGAAUAGUACUUCCAACAUGAAAGUGUGUUGUCUGUCUGAAAAUAUAAUAUUUCAUUUUAUCUGAUUAUUUAUAUGAUUGUCUUGGCAUUCUGGUUGAGUUUGUAUGGGAGAGGAGGGUGUUCAUGACUGUAAUUAGUGAAAUGGACUGUGGAAAUGUAAUUGUUAUUUUUUAAUAACGAUGAUGAUUUUAGGGCGCUUGAAGAAAUUAAUUUGUUUGGGAGUCACUGACAGGCCUUUCUGGAUAAGGAAUCACCAGAACUGAUGUGACCCUGGGUCUGCACACACUUGCAUCAGACACAUUCCUUUUUGGGGGACUGCUGAGUUAUGGUGUAAAUGGUCACCCCAUACAUGUAUUAGUCUGAGUGGAAAACUAAACCUUUUGGGGGGAAGAUUUUGGCUCCUGAAGGGUCCCACAAAGCCCUUCAACACUACUGAGAUCUUUUAAAAGAAGGAUGCAAAUAAACUUUCAAAAUAAGUUUCAA